CGGGAGCAAGACAUUAACGUCGCCUUUCUUUCGCUUAUUUUAUGGGGAAGAAUUUUGGACGAAACGGGGACCUGGGGAUCUGGGUUCAGAGAGCCGAUGAGUGGAAAAUGUCGUCCGUGAUCACGAGUCAGCGCUAGAGUCCAAGCCCUUGGCCCACUCGAGAUAGUACAAAUCAUAAUCAGGAACGUCGCGAUCUGGAUCUCGGAAGGAAAUAUCUGGUCAAAUCUGGUCGAAGUGCGACUUAUUCCGGGCUCUGAGAAACAUUCAAACCUCGUUCGGUGCAGGUACACGUACGCGUCCACAAACGAUCUCAGAUUCCAAGAUGCGCGAUGCUGCUGCUGCUUUUGACCGCAUGGAACAGUGUGCUGCGUCUUGUUCGAAUGCAUGAGUCAACAACGCAGCCCUUGGCCUGCCCAGCAGAACCGGUCGUUCGAGCUGCUUCGGCUCAUUCGGACGACGAGGAUUGACUUCCAGGUCCUCGAACUCCUCGAUUCCUGGGUCUAGUAGCUCUCAGGUAAACGGCCCGGGGCCGACAACAUUCUCGAAAAUUGUUUUUUAAUCGCGGGAAUCCCCGCAAAUUCUCGGAUCUCCUCCGGCCACGGCCUCUAAAUCAGCUCCCUCCGAAGAUUACCGGAUGAUAACCACCAAGCGCCACCUCUUCUUCAUCCGAGUGCAGGUCGGGGCACGAAGAAGGUGCGCCGGGAAGAGGUGCAAGACGAGAAGACCGCUCCAUCUGCGGCAUCAACAUCAUGAACGAAAACGAAAAUCUUCGGGAGAGAGAGAGAGAGUGAGGAAGUGUAGGCGACUGACUGACUAGUUAGUGGUCCCAUGCCGUCCAUGCAUGCUCAUGAAAAUGGUUCCCAGAAUCUGAGGCAAUAAAAUUAGCCUUGGCUCGGUCGACGGGUCGGGCAGGCACCCGUCACCCAUCAGAUCGCUGCGAGGUAGAUGAGGAGGCAUGGAAUGGCCACCUCCCCUCCUCUCCCCUUCCCUCGCUGCUGGAACCGUCAACGCUUUCUCCCUCGGGCCGUCGACGAAAUCCUCCUACCGCUAGCGAGGGAGGAAGCGCCAGGUGUUGGAAAGGCCCUCGGCUAUUAAACUAAACGCAAAUCAAGACCGGAUUCGAUCCCCGGGUUAGGCCGGGCGGGUAUCGUGGGAGCAAGCGAGCGAGCGAGCGAGCUCAGCUCGAUGGCCCACCACGAGCCGAAGACCCGACGAUGAUGCACAAGGAGUUGCCAAAAGCUGCCUCGAGCCAGUUCUUUCCCGUGCAACGAGCACUUUCCCCGUCCGCUGCUUGCUGUUGCUGCUGUGGUCGUUGUUGUGGUAACGUCGCAAGCUCUGAGAGAUCGAUCAAUCGUGUCUUCGAUGUGAGCACGUUGCAGCCAAGAAGGCUGGAGCUGGACGAGUCUGAAUCUUGGGAUGUUCCCCCGAAGCACUCUAGAUCCGGGCCGGGCCCCGGUGGCGAGUCUUCGAGCUCACUGCUGUAGAAAGUAGCAAACCCGCUGUCACGUCGGCUUCAUGCGCUCGCUUUUGCUGUGGGUCCUCCGACCACAUCGGCUUUCCAGGAAUGGAGGCCUGGAUUCGGAUGCGCAACGAUGCGUCACGAGGAGGAACAGCGGAUUGACGAUCUGCGCAGAGGAAGGGCAGGAAGGUUGUGAGGCGUAGACUUUGAGCAGCUGAAGGUUCCGACGAGUAGCUGCUGCAAUCAUCCCGAAGGACAAGAUUCUGGCCUGAACUCUCGAAGUCAGGCUCCGGUUGUUGAGGAAUCGUUCUCACUGGCUGGCUGGCUGGCUCGAUCAAGCGCCAGAUCAAAACACUUGACAGUCGUCUCGAGAUGGCGAUGGGUCCGUGCCUACCGUGCAGUUGGGUGAAGUGGAAGUUGAAGCUCCUGGAAAUGCAUUACAGGAGACUGGGUAUGGAGCCCAGAUUGAUUGAACUGGAUGACGGGGCGACCGUCAUCCAUUGCUGGGUUCCACGAGAAAUCCCGUCGGAGAAAGUAGCCGACGAGUCGGCUGUCCAGAAGCCAGCUCUGCUGCUGCUGCAAGGAUUUGGAAUGGACGGAUUCACAGGCUGGGAGCACCAGACUCAUGCGUUCGUCAAACGAUUCCGGGUGUACGUGCCGGAUCUGCUCUUCUUCGGAAAGUCCUUCACGACGACAUCGCAACGAUCCGAAGUUUUCCAGGCCGAGUGCAUGAAGAAGAUGUUGGAUGUACUGAAUGUAGACCAGGUCCAUGUUCUGGGAACCAGUUAUGGUGGAAUGGUUGCUUACAGAAUGGCCAGCAAUUACCCCAAACUCGUGAACAAGGUCGUCAUUUGCAGCUCUGGAAUCAUGAUGGACCACACCACCAACAAUAGGCUGAUGGAGCUGUGCAAGAUCGACAGCGUGAAGGAGAUUCUCGUUCCCAAAGAUUUGAAACACAUGAGACUCGGCAUGUCCACCGCCACCGUCUGGCGAAUUUGGGCAAUUCCUUCCUUCGUUUUGCAAGACAUGUACGAGUGGUUUUACCAAGGCCACAUGAAAGAGAAGGAGGAGCUCGUUGAUGGCAUGGUUAUCGGCUCCGCUGGCGCCCCACCGAUCCCGAAAAUCACACAGGAGGUUUUGAUCAUGUGGGGGACCAAGGACAACAUUUUCGACCCUGCGCUGGCAGAGGCUCUCAGGAAGCACCUCGGAGACCGAGCACAGCUGCACAUGAUCGAGGGUUGCGGCCACGUACCGCAGAUAGAGAAUCCUACCGAGUUCAAUGCGCGAGCUAUCAAAUUCCUUCUGGCCUGAAAUAAUCUCGAUAUGUCCAGAUGCUCAUUUAGGAAUGCCACAGUCACCUCCUUGUAAAUUUUCCUACCCCAAGCCUGCAUCUCCCAAUUCAGCUUUCCUCCAGGAACUCCCCUCAGAGCGAAUGUCGAAGAUCGGGCCACAUGUUCGAUUCUAUAAAAUCUCCGCUGGUCACGAUCUAUUCUAGCAGAUCGACCCAGAUCUACCUCCACGCUCUAGAUUACACUAAUUUAUUGGAUAUUGGCCAGGAAGCAAGCAAGUAAAGGUCGACGGUAGGCCCAAAAGCAGGGCGGCUUUCACACAGAGUUAUUCAAAACUCAGCUUUUACUUAAGAAACUUAAGAAAUUGCUCUGUUCUAUACGAGGAAUGAGAAUCCACCCGGGGGAUGAUUCAGGCUCCAGUUCUUCUGCCAAUGUGGACGUGACAGGUUUAGUUCAGCAAUGGGGGACACGUCAAGGUUAUAGUGAGAAGUUGCUCGCUUGUCGUCGCAGCAGCGCUCUAACUUGUAGAUAUCAUCCGGCUGACCACCCUCAAUAAAACUUCAGGAGUAGUGUUCGGAUUUGAUGGAUGAAUAAUUGUGAGCAGUCAUUGUCUGGCAGCUUGUGUCCCUGAAGAGCUGACCCGUAGAAUAAUGUGCUUUGUGACUCCGGAAAAUUCGAAUGAGAGUACAUCUGAUGUCAUUUGUCGAGCUAAAAUGAGCAGCUUAAAACAGAGGCACUUUUCAGAGCAAGAUUUGAUUCUUAGUUUUCCUCUGUUGGGAGCAACUUUGGGAGCAAGAGUAGCAUCUGCUUACAUAUUUGUCACGUGGGCUAUUCUUGCGCUAGCAGACAAUCGAGAUCGAAUGCCGUUCACUGAACUCUGUUGAAAAAGUAGAUUAUAUUAUCACUUGUAUUGUAGCAGAGAAGUGAACAAGGAUUUGGCUUAAACGAAGAAGGAUGGCUUC